AUGGGUAAUAAAGAAGGCAAAUCAACUGAAUCGACUGAAUUAACUCCAAAACAUAUUGCCUUCCUCAAAGCAAAUACUAAUUAUUCUGAACAAGAAAUUCGAAAUUGGCAUGCGAAAUUUAUUGAUGAUUGUCCCAAUGGUAAACUAAGCAAAAGACAAUUUUCUAAACUUUACAAACAAUUCUAUGAAGAUGGAGAAGGAGACAAAUAUUGCAAACAUGCUUUUGAUAUGUUUGAUACUGAUGGUAAUGGUUCAAUCGAUUUUGAUGAAUUUCUUAUAGCUCUUUCAGUUCCAACUCAAGCAAAUCUUGAGGAUCGUCUUAAUGUUAUUUUUGAUAUGUAUGAUAUGUCGAAUGAUGGACAUAUCGAUCAAAGACAACUGACGAAGUGGAUUACUGCUAUGUAUGAUCUUGUAGGUGAAACUGAUCGUAAAGGUGAUAAAGAUCCAAAGAGACGAGCUGUAGAGAUUAUGAGAAGCCUUGAUAUUAAUGGUGACAGAAAAUUGAGUAAAGAAGAAUUCAUCGCUGGAUGCAAAAAAGAUUCACAUAUUCGUAAACUACUUGCUCCUGAAACUUAA